GUUCCCAUUUUCAGAUGCCAAAUUAGAUCAGAUAGCCUUUGUUAUUAUUGAUCUGAUUACAUAAGUGUAAACAGACAAAAGGGGGACAAACGAGCAGAGAGGGGAAAUAUUAUUCUGCUUUUCGUCACAAAUGGCACUGGAUCGGUCUAUUCCGUGGUGAUACAGGGUGCACAGUGCUAUCCAAAGGAGGCAGAGCUUUCUGACUCCGAGUUGAACAGUCCUAUUUCUGUACUAACUGUGCCUAGCGAUAGGCAAUGUUACAACUGCAGUCAGUUGCGAGAAGCUCGAGAGGAUUGAAUUACCGACCUUAAAAUAUGUCCGGUUAGGUGGUCUAGCCACCAAACUACUUCGACGGUGAGUUUGAGGACACCACGACCUAGCCUUGGAAAUCACGUGCACUCAAGCACCACUCAGGCGCAUGCUAAGGAAGCGUUGUCAAGCCAACCCCGGUGUAGCAGAGCGACACGGACCGUCUGUGAGUGAGCACUGCUUCUGGAUUUCAUCAGAUAAUCGAGACGCAAUGGCUUGUCAUAUGCUCCUUCUUGUUCUUGUCGGACUGAGCUCUGUUUCCUAUAUGGCUGGAGGUUGCCCAAACUGUUUCAAGGGGUGCGAUGAGAAUGGACAGUGCGAUGAAUAUGGCUGCCUAGCAGGAUAUUAUGGCAAGAACUGCUCACUCCUGUGUCCGCCCAACUGCCGCGAUGGAGUCCUUAAGAAGCCAGUUUGUGACCGAGAUACUGCCCUUUGUCUCAGUGGUUGCCGACAAGGUUUCUUCGGUAACCGAUGUGAUCAGCAUUGCCCUUCAAAAUGUGUGGACAAGACCUGCGUUCAGAUGGAUGGUAAUUGUAUAGGUGGUUGCGAGGCGCAUUGGCAUGGCGUCAACUGUACCAAACAGUGUAACACCACAUGUUAUAACUCUACAUGUGAUCGCAGUGGACUGUGUGACUCAUGUAAAACAGGUUUCUGGGGAUUUUUCUGUGAGAACACUUGCAGUCAACAUUGUCUUAACAACACUUGUGAAGUGUCAACAGAUGGCAGUUUCGUGUGCUCACAUGGCUGUCAGAAAGGAUGGAAGGGUGCUCGCUGUCAGGAACCAAGUUUACAGCACACAAGAACUAGAAGAGAUGAUUCAGACUGCUAUGUCAAGGUGGUGGAUGGCGCUUGUUCUUGCUGCAAACGGAAUACAGGAGACAUGUGUCAAAUAGACUGUCCAAAGUGUAGAACCAGAUAUCAAAACUCAAAAUGCGAUCGUUUUUGUGAGACGGGCUACUAUAAUGGUACUAACGGAAAAUGUGAUAGUCCAUGUGGAGAGCAUUGUGCACUUGACGCAAAUAACACAAGAUCCUGUAAUCCUUUGGACGGAAGUUGCCACAGUUGUGAAAAUGGAUAUCGUGGUAAUCAGUGUAAGUUCGAAUGUAGUCCUUAUUGCCUGAACAAAACCUGCGCCAUUCACAGCGCAUACUGUUUGUAUUGCAGUAACGUUACCUACGGUAACCACUGUCAAGAAUGCAGCCAAUACUGUCUUGAUAAGUAUUGUCACCGGUGGAACGGUACCUGCAAGACAGGAUGUGCUAAGGGAAGGUAUGGGUAUAUGUGUUCCGAUGAAUGUCCAAAAAACUGUUACAAAUCAAACUGUUCACUAUCCAUCUACGGUAGCGUCAGCUGUACCGAAUGUAAGAAUGGAUUUACAGGAUUCAGUUGUGAAGAAAGAUGUCCUGUAAAUUGCACGGUGUGUCGUCAGUUAGACGCAAAAUGCCGGGAUGGAGAUUCGAAGAGAGGCUGGACUAAAGCCAAUGUUGCUCUGGGAAUAGUAGUAGGAGUACUACUCAUAGCAGUUGCAGCACAUAGUAUUGCAUCGUUGGAAGAAAUGGCAGUGCUUCAAACGUAUGUAUAA